GUAUACGCGCUGUGCAUAGUGCCCGAUGGGACUGAAUGCACCGUACACGCUCAGAACGAGGAGGCUUUGUUCUCGGAGAUGAAGAAUAACUCAGCCACUAUAGUCAAUGGCGUGGCCACAUUCGAAGAUCUGCGGUUUGUUGGGCGCUCGGGUAGGGGAAAGACGCUGACAGUGACAGUCAAGAUACUCACACACCCGCCCAUGACGGCACAACUGUUCGAUCAUAUCAAGAUCACGGUGGACG